ACAUGGAAGUCAUCUUUGUAUUAUUUGCAAUUUGCUGCAUUAACAUUGACUCUGUUUCUAGUAGUGAUGAUAGGAUUUCUAGACUUGAGAAACUUGUUGAAGCACAGAAUCUCAAAAUUGACAGGUUAGAAAACCAACUGCAAAGCUGUAAGGCAUGUAUUAAUUUCCAGCGUUCCAAUAACACAAGUUCGUUGAUGUCUCAUCAAACCUUAACUUCUCCAAACAACCAGGAGUCAGAAAAAGAGAAAGAGGGUCUUCCAAACAACAGACUGCAUAAAGAUUUAGACCGAAAUAGAAGAUUACUGCUGUCCGGAACUAACGGUGAUUCAUUACCAAUUAUCGCAUUUCACGCAUAUCUUUCCAAAACAGAGACCGACCCGGGGCACCAUCAUACCAUAAUCUUUGAUUCUGUUCUUGCAAAUUCCGGGAACGGCUAUAACAAUCACACCGGAGCAUUCACUGCUCCGUUAGGGGGGAUGUAUGUUUUUGCUUUUACUGUUGUUGGGUAUUUUGGUACCAGAAUGCCAGUUCAGUUGGUUGUAAACAGUAACAUUGUUGGAGCUACUGCUGGUGAUAGUUUAUCGAGUACUUUGUACCCGUCAUCUUCAACCGUAGUGGUUAUUCAUCUUAACCAAAAUGAUGCAUGCUUUCUAAGGACGACAACGACUACCGGUUGGAAUGUUGGCAAUUUGUAUAGCAGUGAUUGGUCUAGAUCAUCAUUUUCUGCAUGGAAGCUUUGA